UAGGGUAUAUUUUCAUGUGAGUCAUCAUGGGCUUCUACAUUGUGGUUGCUAAUCCCUUUUGCAUUAUAUAGCUUAGGGAACCUGUAAUGCUAGCUUGCCUAUUUCAUGUAGCAUUUUUCAUUGAAAUGAUUAAUUAACUUGCCCUAAAUUCUAGGCCUAUGGUGAGAAAAAGUAAAAUGCAGAGUAUGGUGUAUUUCUUGAAAUGCAUAUCAACCCAACACACCUCUGAAAUGCUCUUUGCAUAAGCCUGAUAUUCAAAUAUCAAACUAAAUGCUAAAGCCAUCAUUUAUGUCUAUAGGGAUUCCAAAACUAACCUUUCUGUUUUAUUAUUUUCUGUUUAGAUAUCAUGGACCUAGCAGAUGCUCUUGAUAGUGGAGCUGCACCAAGCAAUCAAAGCAAUCUGCAGGCUGGAGGGCCAACAUGGCCUGGCCAACCCACCAACCCUUCUUGGCCUGGACAACCUCAAAAUCCUACUUGGCCUGGACAACCAAACCAACCUUGGCCUGGGCAACAGCCGGGCAUGCCAUCCUGGCCUAAUCAGCCAAACCAGCCAGCAUGGCCUGGACAACCCAGCCAACCCUUUGCACCAGGGUGGCCAGGACAAGUUCCACCAACUGCCCCACAAAAUAUGACACUGACUGUCCCAUACAGCAUGCCUCUGACUCAAGGAGUGUAUGACAAGAUGCUAAUCACCAUCAAUGGGGAGCCCAAGCCCAAUGCCCAAAAGUUUUCAAUCAAUCUGCUCAGAAAUAAAGACUUUGCAUUUCACUUCAACCCUCGCUUUGAUGAAAAUGGAAUUAAAGUGCUAGUUAGAAACUCCAUGGUAAACGAUGUGUGGGGUCAAGAGGAAAGAACAACUCCCUCAUUCCCUUUCGUUCAAGGAAAGCCUUUUGAGGUGAAGAUCUUGUGUACUCCGAAUGAAUAUAAAGUGGCUGUGAACAAGGCACACUUGCUUGAGUACAAACAUAGAGUUCGUGAGCUCAACCAGAUUAACUGUCUCACUAUCUUUGAUGAUGUCAAACUUACAUCUGUAAAUGUAGAGACCCUCCAAUAAGAGGGAAUUUUGAAUAUUAUGAUGGCCAUGUAGGAAUUGUAGGGUUCUUUUUUUCUUAACUGUAAAUCCUAAGUGUCUUUGAACAUGUUUUAUAUGACUGCCAGUUUGUAUUUGAUUUAAAAAAAAAAAAAAAAAAACACUCUUGCAUGACUGUAAUUCUAUGAUUACAUAAAGAACCAUGUACUUUCCCACUGGCACUGGCAGCACAGCAGUGUUGCAUCUGAAUAUUUACCAUUUCUUGCAACAUCUCUGGAAAUGUUUCACUUUUUAUGGUCUAGCUAGCACCAAAGAGUCUGGCAGACAUUGUGUAAUUGAUUUCUGAACUGAUAAUAGAUAUAGAUCUGUAAAAUUGUAGAAUGACUAUACUAUAGUAGAACUAGUAGAUUUAGAAGACCAUCUUUUCAAUUUGUGGCCAUCGUAUGAUGUAUGCUAUCUAGCAAAGACUUUUGUUGCUGUCUACUGAUAUUAGGUGCCAUAGGUGCGUAGUAGUUAUGGGGAUUUACAGAAGAUGUAUAGUUUUAAUAAUAACCUGAAACAAAAUGCAGUUGUCAUUCCUUUGACCAACACUACUAUACGAGGUUGUGUCUAAUCUAGCAGCUAGUAAUGGGAAAUCAUCUUAUCUGGAUUUAAACUGUACAAACAUUAACACUACUGAAAACAAACUAUGUAUUUGAAGGGACAGGUGAGACAAAAAUGGCCCACAAGCUAUCUUUAUCCACCAUAGCCUUGAGGCUUAUUAAUGACACAUGUGGUGUUAUCCUUGAUAUGUUUGAACAGCAACUACAAAUUAAACAAUCAGUGAGAUUUUUUUUUCUA